UCUUAUAACAAAGCCCAUCAAGAGUAAAGGUAAGCACAUACUCCCCUGGUCCAAAACAUGAACUCUUGAAAAUAUUUGGGCUUCCUCCGACCCGGUCCACUUAACCACUUCUCCCUCUUCCCUUCCGGAGCACCAUCAACACCUCCCUGAUCAUCUCCACUAGAAUCACCCUGCUAGUAAUAUUUAGGUUGAAGAAUUCUGGUUGUUGCUUAAUGUCUGGUGUUCCUCCUGCUCAAUUAUUUGUUCCACAAGCGCCGCAAAAUUAUGGGUAUCAAGGGGUGGUGGAAGUGCAGCCAAUGCAGAAGGCUGCAGAGGAUGGAGUAGCUACACUUUUGAUACGUCACCUCCCGGAAGCUGUUCCUAAUGACACCUUGCAUAGGCUGUUUUCGUAUUAUGGUGCUUCUGCUGUCCGUUCGUGCACUAGUGGCAGAUUAAGGAACUGUGCUUUUGUGGAUUUUACAAACGAGGCUUUGGCACUUCAAGCACUACGCCAAUUGAAUGGAUUGCGGUUUCUUGGUAAAGUCUUGUCAGUGGAGAGAGCUAGCAGACCAACAGAGAAUAGCAAAAAUCAGUGUGAAACUCAGGUAAAGAAGGAGUCCACAUCUUCAACGAAUGAUGCUCCCCUUGGGAAAGAUCCAUGUGCGGAAGCCAAGAUAGGCUCCUUACUUGGUAGUGAACCCAUAGCUGAAAGACUUGGCGUUGACUACCCAUUUCCUCCUCAUCUUGAGUAUGCAUACCCUCCACCAGAUGGAAAUAUACUUACUAACAUUGUAAAUGCGCUUAUUGCUGUUCCUCGAUUCUACACGCAGGUGUUGCACCUGAUGAACAAAAUGAAUAUUCCAGCUCCAUUUCGUAUGGCAUUGCCCACUCCACCUCUACCACCUUCAGUACCCGAGCCUCUCCCACCUCCACCACCUCCACUACCACCUGCCAUACCUGAGAAUACAAAAUUGUCAUAUCUUUCAAGUGGUGAAUCAGAGAUGGAGUCUUCAGAAGAGGAGGCUGGCGAUACAGAACACCGUAAAGGAGUGUUAAAAACAGUGAAACGGAAGCGUAAGCGCAACAAGAGAGAAGAUAUUGUUGGCCCUGCAGUUGACAAGGAUGUGGAUCAUGAGGCUGUUGGGUUGAAACAAGCUACCCUAACUGCGAAAGAGAUUCCAAUGAUUAAAAAGAACAACCCUGUCCUACAGAUCAAAAUAACACCUAGACAAAUUCAAAAUGACGAAACAGCGAAAGAAGUAGAGUCUGAAGAAAAUAAUUUUCCCAAACAAUGUGCAAGUUUGGAAGAACUGGAAAAAGGAAAGUUGCCUCCUGAAGAAAUCCUUUCACUUCCAAUGUUCAAGAACUAUAAAGCUGGGAACCCGACUAACGUGUUGUACAUAAAAAACUUGUCAAAAGAUGUGGUUGCUGAUGACUUUUACUUCAUAUUCGGUGCUUUUUUCGAGAGCAUUGCUGGAGCUAAAUCAGAUCUGAGCAUCAAACUAAUGCAGGAGGGAAGAAUGAGGGGUCAAGCUUUUCUCACAUUCCCUUCUAUCGAACUUGCCCAUCAUGCACUGAACUUGGUAAAUGGAUAUGUGUACAAAGGCAAGCCAAUGAUCAUUCAGUUUGGCCGGAAUGCUUCAGCUGCUAAAUAAAAAUGUACCGACUAAUAUCACUUGUGAAACUAUGGCGUGAACUUGAGAGUGAUUGUGGUCUUCUAGAAAGGUUGAGAAAGCUGUUUCUAGCUGGAUUUUUCUACUUCAUGAAGCAAAUGCCAUGAAUACAACCUGCACUUCCAUCCGAAUACAUGACUACAAUGGAAACCUAUAUAUUGUAGUACUACCAUUUUGGAUGAGUAUACACAGUUUCGAAUUUCAAGAGUUAGAAGGAAUAUCAUAGCAUAUAGGAUAACUAACAAGUAGCAACAUGACCAAAAAAAAUGUUCAUUAGUUUCAAGUAUACUUUCUUUCAUUUGCUUACAAUCUACGUAGGCUAUUUUUUCUGAGCCUCUCCACUGAUGUACCGUACUCGACUCCUUGUAGCAUUAAUGGAUGCAAAAGCAUCGGUGAUUAUAUAGCUGCUGAUUGUCAUUCAUAUAGUUCUGCUUAUUCUGUA